CCAUCUACACUUCGUUAUGUAAGAUAAGAGUCAGUCGAAAUUUAACGAUGCUGCCUCUUUCAUUGUUGCGAACAGCUCAGAAUCACCCUAUGUUGGUGGAGCUGAAAAAUGGAGAAACCUACAAUGGUCACUUGGUCAGCUGUGACAACUGGAUGAACAUCAAUCUUCGAGAGGUUAUCUGUACAUCAAGGGACGGUGAUAAGUUUUGGAGGAUGCCGGAAUGUUACAUCAGAGGCAGUACCAUCAAGUACUUAAGAAUACCAGAUGAAGUGAUCGACAUGGUGAAGGAUGAAGUAUUAGCAAAGGGUAGGGGACGAGGUGAUGCUAGAAGAGGAGGAGGGGCUGGCCAAAGGGGUAGAGGUGGUGGCAGAGGUGCCUUUGGUGCACGAGGAGGAGGAAGAGGUGGUGGCAGUGGAGGUCCACCACGUGGUGGUGGUGGUGGUUCUGGAAGAGGUAGUAGUAGACCAAAGCCAAACAGAGAGAGAUAAUUGUGUGUAUAGUCAGUUUAUUGUAUUACUUUUCAUUUGUUAGGAUUCAACUUUAGUGAGUGGAUGCUUUUUUGUAUAAAAAGAAAAUUGAAGAUAAAGUCUAUCUUUUCAAGUUGUUUAA